AUGGUUAGCUAUACAUGCCCGUAUGUCAUUCACAAGAUUACGUCGAAAGGUCGUCACGCUGAAAUCGAGGUGUUGUCGACGAGACCGCAGCGCCGCGGUGCGGCGUGCAGCGGACAUAGAGAGCGGUUCAGACAAGUGGUUCCCGCCAAAACAGUCGCAGGCUGUGGCGCGAAGGCUCGUGAUUGGUCGGCGCGGGCGGCGGCGGCGGCGCGCGCGCAAGGCCGCCGGUUUUCCCGCGAACAAUGCCAAAUGGUGCAUUUGUCAAGGUGA